AUCGGAUGCCUCUCACCGCCUGCGUGGAGUUUAUGGAAUGUGCUGUGCUCAGCCGGACGUCCUCCCUCUGUCUCGUAUAGGGUGCCUCUUUCUUUCUUUACCUGGAUGUCACACACUUUGUGGACGGCCUCACAUGUGUGUGUGCGCUUGUCUGGGCAUCUGAUAGGCAAUGAGGGAUCAACGUUGUACAAUAUCCAGGCAUUAGAAGAAACUGGUUGACGCAACGUGGCACACACUGCGCACCAGUGAAAGGCCCACCGGAGCCAGUGUGCAGAAAUUAUCUGCUGUCAGGACCUGCGCCGGGCUGAUAGGGAGACGCAGAGUGCGCAGGGCCACCGCAAGGUGAGAGAGGCGACGACGGGGGGAAGGGAGCCGAAAGUCGGGGAGCGACGAUGCCGUCUUCCACCAUGCAGAUGUUCGCCUUCGUUCUGGCUCUGCUGGGGGUCGUGAGUGCCAUCGUGGCCACUCUGCUACCCAACUGGAAGGUGAGCGGAGAUGUGGGCAACAACAUCAUGACGGCAAUCUAUCAGAUGCAGGGACUCUGGAUGGACUGCACCUGGUACAGCACGGGAGUCUUCAGCUGCUCGCUUAAAUACUCCGUGCUGGCGUUGCCCGCCUACCUGCAGACUGCGCGCACCACCAUGGUGCUCUCUUGCAUGAUGGCGACGUUGGGACUCUGCCUGGCCGCACUGGGGCUGAAAUGUACUCGAUGGGGUGGAAGUUACCGCUCUAAGGGACACACGGCCAUUUCGGCGGGGGCUUGCUUCGUCGUUGCAGGGGUCCUGUGCCUUGUCCCCGCAUCUUGGUUCACCAAUGAGGUCAUCACUACGUUUAUGGACUCCAAAGUGCCCAAGAGCAGCAAGUAUGAGCCGGGUGCCGCUGUGUACGUGGCAUUUGUGUCUGCGGGAUUCCUCCUGGCCGCAGGCGUCAUCUUUUGCUUGUCCUGCCCUGGAAAAAGAGGUGGUCCGCUCAAUGCGGGCACGUCCCACCCCGCCAAGCCCAAACAGCAGAUGCGCAAAGAGGAACCGACCCGUGACCAAAAGAAACAGGAGCACCGGGAGCAGCACAGUCAGACCGAGUCACCCGAACGAGAGCAGUCGCAGAGAGAGACGCCAAAACACGUAAAGCUUCAAGUGGAUGAGCGACCUCAAGACAAGCCAGAAAGGCUGAAUGUGGAGAAGGACAAGCAGUACCAGUCUCCAUCUCGGACUCGAAAUCCAGACCCCAAGGCCGUCUAUAGUCUUCAUGAUUACGUGUGAAACUGCCGUCGACGCCAGGCGUGUGUUCUCGCAUAUCGGACUGCCUUUUUUUGUGACCGUCUAAAAGAGGAGGAGAAAAGCGAAAGAACAGCAGGAGGAAUAAUGACUUUGAUGGUGUUAUCAACCCCUCUCAUCUGUGAGCGAAACCGCAGAGGCAUUUCCAAAACCACGGAAUAGACAAACUGAGGAUUGUGAAUCGUCACGAAGACGCUUAUACUGCAACUGCACACCAAAAAAUGGAGAGGAUUAUGGUGUGUUGAAAAAAUUGCAACAUUUGAGGAAUUCCUAAGCUGACUAAGGCUUACCAAAGGUUAAAAAAUUCUUAUUUUUCUCGGCUUAUAGUCAUUUCAUCACCUUGUCCAAGUAACAUGAAAAACGUUCCGCGAGCAAUUUUUUUUGACCAGACUUUUUGUGUGAUUAGCAAGUUUUAGUCGCUUUUAGGUUCAUCACGAGGUAUGUGCAUGCUGUUUGUAGAUAAUGGUGUUAAAUGGCUUUCAGUUCUGAACACACCCUGGGGAAUAGUCAAGCCUGCACCUGGGGAUUCGUCUCACCAUCAGCUGUCCAUUAAAUGCUUCGUGUCCUUCAGAAAAGAGAUUUUGACGCGUCCAGUCCAUAUUUUUUGAAAGAGUGAUGGUAGUUGGGCGGGGGGCUGCUCAACGGAUCAUCUGAGGUAAUGAUGCUCUUUGCUUUUCCAUUAGGUUGGCUACGGAUGGGUGCACACUGCUCAUUUACUGUGAGCGGGCACACACACGCACGCACACACAUAAGCUUUCCCCCAUACUCUUGCUGGAAGGCUAAAAGGGUCUUGCACCCAAUCAUCUUGAUGCUGUGCGUCUGUGUGUCAUGCCUGCGGGAAGUGCGCUCGUUGCUGUUCUAGGGCAAACAGGACGUUGUAACACGCUGUUCUGCAUCUUGUGGAAAAGUAGAACCAAGGUGACGCAAGUCUCAGUGGUGGCCGAAGCGGGGAUAGGACUCCACCCCCGCUGGGCAACAAUUACACCUUUGGUCCAUAUCUUAAUUUAGCAAAACCAUCUUGUGGUAUUUUCGUAUACAGUAAGGCAUUUUAAACGGUCAGCUAAAGACAAUAAAAAAUGUAGGAUAUUUGACUCAAGCUAAUGCAAGUGUUGCUGUGCUACUGUCAUUUUAACGCCCGUCAUCAAUGUCCCCAGAGACGCCAUUUAAGGCACGAUUGCCUUUAUUUUCUGCCUUUCAUUCAAGCACACUAACUGCACUUUGACACGCAUAGAAUGAUUCGACAGUGAGAAUGACUGAGACAAAGAAACUCAUGGUUCCAUGUAUUUGAAUCAAUCUUGUCCUCUUGCCUGAGACCACUAGUAAAAUGCUUUUUAUACUAUUAAAUGGAUUAUAAACAAAAUAAUUUAAGUAGAAACUGAACGGUCAUUUUUAAUUGGCUUGGACACACACAUUUAUGUGAAACCUGAUGUUCAAAAGAGCAUCUUAUGUUAUUCAAUAGAAAAAAGGAUUUCUGACUUUUUGUAGUUACAAAUAAGAUAGCAUGUUCAAUAUGAAAUAUACAGUAAUGAAAAAAAAAUGAAGUGAGCACUCCAAUUUAUUUAUUGUUUUUUUGAGUUUAAUAUUUACAGCUGUGUUUAAGCAAAACAAUCAUUUUUGUUUCAUCCUGAUAAAUAUUUUGGGCGUUUAAAUAGACGUAAAAAAUAUUUAUUAGCACUUUUUAAAAACUGUUUAAAAUACACAUCAGUAAUUUUUUACUGUAUUUUAUGAUCAAUUUAAAAGUGGAGUGAAUAAAUGAUUCACUUUCGUCUUUCAUUUUAUUUCAUUCCUGAGGGUUUUUUCUGGAAUGGCCAUACAUGCAGAAAUGCUGAUUAAAGGCAAAACUGGAGCUUAUUUAUUUUAUUUUUUAGAAGAACUACAGACUCCUAAGUACUUAUUAUUUUCAAAUAAAUGAAAAAAUGAUAUGUUUAUUUAUGGCAAAAAAUCCCAGAUUCUUUAGGUCGUCUCAGGCAUUUGGACUCUGUUCACUGAACACUGAAAGUAAUGUAUUUUUUUCUAUUCUGUAAAGUAUUAUAUGAAGUGUUAUGAAGAUAAUAAGUAUAACACAGAAUGGUGAAAAAUACAUGUAUUUAAAUUAUUUUAUAUAAAUUAUAAAAAAGCAUAUUUACAUUAAAAAAAUAUAUAUUUAUUUUAUUUGUAUAAAAAUAUUUAUGCAAAAAAUGUUUACCCUUACAAAAUAAUAACACUUCAAUUUUGUGAUAUUAAGUGUACUAAGGCAAAGCUCUAGUCCAUUUCAGGUAUGUUGUUUAUCAAUUCCAUACUUGUAAGAGUAUUUAAUAGUAAUUUGGACUAAAUUGGCCCACCUUUUCGAUUAUAAUAAGUGUACUUAAAAAUCUUUGCUUAGGUAGUCUACAUCUAUGUUUUCUGAGACGCACAUAAAAUGUUUACAUUUUUAUUUUUAGCAUCAAAGAAGUCUACUUAUAGCACACUUGAAUAUACUUUUAUUUUGAAUAUACUUUUAUUUUGUAAGGGUAUAUACAUAUAUAUAUAUAUAUAUAUAUAUGUGUGUAAAAUAAAUAAACUGAACUGCUCAGAACUUUUAUUUUCUAAAGGAAUGUCAUCAUAUUAAAUAAAUGUUAUCCCAGAGAUCUGUGAAUGUUUGGACACAUGCAUCGAACAUUUGCAUUUUUGUUCAGAUUAUCGACACAGUGAAUGUUGAUUCUGUAUAUUGCUUUCCAUGAAAUUGUAAAUUCUCUCAUUUGCCUUCAUAAUAUAAAGGCUCUGUGUUGACAGACGGACAAUGCAUGAACAGAAAUCAUGUGAAACUAUCAAAUCCCAUUAAAGCACAUGCCUGUACUAUAGAACAUGUACGUUUGUUAUUGUCAUCCUUUCAAAAAGGAAAUGAUUUCUUUUCAUUCUGAGCUAAUCCAAACAUCAAGGACUUUUUGUUCAACUGGCCUCGCAUCAUUUGCUCUUUGUUUUGUGUCCGUGAUACGACUGCAGAUGUCUCCUCAUAAUGGGGGUGUAUGGUACGAGGUGUCUUGGCUGGCUGCGUCGGCCAGGAGUCAGGCCCGUCCAAAUGACAAUCUGCAUACUCCCUCCGUGAGUGAAUCCAAGCAUCAAAUGAGCUUCAUUUACACAGCUGACUGCCCACUGCAUAGAGAAGCAACAUUUUCACGAAUCAUCCACGACGGUGUCACAAGACCCUUCUUUAAGGUUAAAUCUGCAGCUACUUUACAUGUGCUUUGUUUACGCAGAUGGAGACAUUGUCUAUUCUCAAUAGCCACAAUAAAAAUGGAUUAUACAAUUCAAAUGCUGAGAGCAGGAGACUCAUCAAAGGAACAGAAGCUGUGUCGCAUUGUGUUGACCAGCUCUUGGGAUCACGAACAAGGACGUCAUAAUCAUUUUCUGAAUAUUGGGGUCUUUUCAAAUAUGGGUACUUUUGAACCUGCAGAC